AUGCAUGUAAUUAGAAAUAUCACGAUGGAGACAAUCAUUGAUCAUGGGGCUGACCACCAAAUGGGUGACCAGAUCUUCGGCAACGAACUCAUUCUGGAGAAAGUGUUGUCGUGUCUGUCGGUGAAGGAGUUGCUGCGGAACGCGUGUCGAGUGAAUCACUUCUGGCACAGCGUUUGUCACAAAGUGGUGGACAGUAGGACACAAAUGGACCACUUGUUUCAGUUGUACCGAAUCGGACGGCAACACAAUAUGGGCAACAAUUGCCGCAAUCGUGAGACACAUUUGGCCGAAGACCGCGCUUACGAUUACGUGAACGACUGUUUUGAGGCG